CGCGCGGCCUGGCUGCGGGAGCCGGCGGCGAGGAGAAAGGAGGCGGCUCCCGGCAUCCCGCCCCCUCCCCCUCCUCAGCGGACUUCCCGCGGCCCGCGCUUGCUCCUAGGCGGCGGCCGGCCCGGCAGGCGAGGGAGGAGCCGGCGGCCAGAUAAAAGUUUACAUCAACUAAUCCAGAAAAGGAAGAACAAGCAGACCGAGAUGUGUAGCUCAGUGAGUGGUAAGCUGUGGUUCUUGACAGAUCGUCGCAUCAGGGAGGACUACCCACAGAAAGAGAUCUUACGAGCAUUGAAGGCCAAAUGCUGUGAAGAGGACUUGGACUUUCGGGCUGUGGUGAUGGAUGAGAUGGUGCUGACAGUCGAGCAAGGAAAUCUGGGUCUUCGGAUCAAUGGAGAGCUAAUCUCUGCCUACCCACAGGUGGUGGUAGUGAGAGUUCCAACCCCAUGGGUGCAGAGUGAUAGUGAUAUUACUGUUUUGCGCCACCUAGAGAAGAUGGGGUGCCGAUUGAUGAACCGACCUCAAGCCAUCCUCAACUGUGUUAAUAAAUUCUGGACAUUCCAAGAGUUAGCUGGCCAUGGUGUGCCUCUUCCAGAUACUUUUUCUUACGGUGGCCAUGAAAACUUUGCUAAGAUGAUUGAUGAAGCAGAAGUGCUGGAGUUCCCAAUGGUAGUGAAGAACACAAGGGGUCAUAGAGGCAAAGCUGUUUUCUUGGCACGAGAUAAACACCAUUUAGCAGAUCUAAGCCAUCUUAUUCGGCAUGAAGCUCCAUAUUUGUUCCAGAAAUACAUUAAAGAGUCUCAUGGAAGGGAUGUACGAGUCAUUGUUGUGGGAGGCCGUGUAGUUGGCACCAUGCUACGUUGUUCCACAGAUGGAAGGAUGCAAAGCAACUGCUCCCUGGGUGGCGUGGGGAUGAUGUGCUCACUGAGUGAACAAGGGAAGCAGCUGGCUAUCCAAGUGUCUAAUAUCCUGGGCACGGAUGUGUGUGGCAUUGACCUGUUGAUGAAAGAUGACGGCUCCUUCUGUGUCUGCGAGGCCAAUGCAAAUGUAGGUUUCAUCGCCUUUGAUAAGGCUUGUAAUCUAGAUGUAGCUGGUAUCAUAGCAGAUUAUGCUGCCUCCCUUCUGCCCGCUGGCCGGCUCACCCGGCGCAUGUCCCUGCUCUCUGUGGUGUCCACUGCCAGUGAGACUAGUGAGCCGGAGCUUGGUCCCCCUGCCAGCGCUGCUGUCGACAACAUGAGCGCGAGUUCCAGCUCUGUUGAUAGCGACCCUGAAAGCACCACCGAGCGAGAGAUGCUCACCAAGCUCCCAGGGGGGCUGUUCAACAUGAACCAGCUGCUAGCCAAUGAAAUCAAACUCCUGGUGGAGUGACUCCACUGGUAAAUAGUUAAACAACAAAACCCUUGUAAAACUGUCUCCCUACACCCCACCCUUUCCCUUUAACCAACUUGCAAUGCUGUUCAUGGAGAAUGUUCAGGUUGAGUUACAGAUACAGUAAGAUUGGUUAGAAGAAAGGAAGAUAGAUGAGACCCCCGGUAGUGAUUCAUUUACGGAUUUCACAGAGGAAUACUAGGUGACACACAGAGAAAUGGCAGGCUCUCGUGGUAACCUUUUCAGUUAGGUACAAAAACCCUGCUCUUAGGCCAUGAGGAACGUGAAAGGUUUUUUUUUUUCCUCCCCAUGGUCUCUUGCUUUUGUUUUUAUGUAGAAUGGUUUUGAUCCAAGUGCUUAGUAGCAUGACUUCAGUUUCAAGAUUUGUAAAGAGGAAAACAUCCGUUUAAAAUACAGAAGUGUUUUAAAUAAUCUGAAAUUUCUGCCGUUUCUCUCAGCUAGCAUUUAGCACAUAGUUGUUUAUGAACUCUUAAGGGGCUCUGACUGGAAUUUCUUUAUUUUCAUGUUCGUCUUUGUUUUUUCCCCUUAAUUUGGGUGGGAGGGUAAUGUGACUAUAAUCCAAUAAAGAUUUUUAAUAACAAAAUUGGCAUGUUUGCAUGAUGAAAGGGAAAUGAACAGUAUUGCAAUGUCUGGUAUACAAAGUAACAUUUACUCAAUGUAGAUAAAGUUAUACUAGUUAAAAGUUUGUGCAUUGACUUGUAUUUGUUAGUGUUUUAGUCUUUUUUUGAAGGAUAUCUGCUCUGUUAAUGUUGGAUUUUUAAUACAUGCUGGUAACACCCUUGCUCUAUGACUGCAUCUUUAACAAUGGCCAAAGUAAACAAAAUGCUACUUUUGGUUAACAAGACACCACUCAAAACAUACACAUUUAAAAGUCUCCCUGCCUUCCUUUUUUUUCUCAUUUAAAGGAUAUAAAAGACAAGUGAAUUUCUUAAUGCUAACUUUCUGUGUUUGCAUUUUUCACAUUUUAGAAAGGAGUAUAUAUGUCGCAUGCAAGUGUACAUGUUUUAUUCUUUGUUUACACCAAACAGAAUAGAUUCUAGAGAAUGGCAUGAUGGGAAGCAGGUUUUUUUUACUGAUGAAUUGCCUUAGACCUCAAUAGUAUAGAGAUCCUCCCCUAAAGACAACAGGAAAGUAGAUGUUCCUUAAGCUUUUUUGUGUGUACGUAUGUAUGUUUGUUUUUGUAGACUGCUUGGUGUAUGAUUUAUUCAAGGCUACAUGCUUUUAUUUAAUGUUAUGGCUGUGCAUUUUCUUUAUGCUUAAAAGAUCUGGAGGGAGGUGGGAUGGAUUUUUUGGGGGGUGGGUUUAUUUAAGUAUUGAGUCUCAUAUAGCCCCACACCUAAGCCUUCAGUACUGACCAUUCUGUUCCUUUUUUGAAUCGAUGAAAAAAGCCCCAAACUGCAUAUAAUAUGAGCCUUUAAGUCAAGUCAAAACAAUCUAGUGAUGAGUCUGGAAGAUGUGUUGAGAAGUGGAGAUGCUUCAGGGGUCAACAUAAUUUUUCCCCAAGCUUUUCUUGCUUCUCCAGUGCUGUUUUUCUUCAGAUGGACUUUAACAUAAUUUCUUGGACACUACUUCAAGGAGACUUCAAGGCGAUAAUAAAACAUCAGCAUUAACCAUCUCUAACAGAGGUCUGAUCAUGCUUAAAUGUAUAGUUCUCCCAUUUAAAGAAGGAAUGUAAUAAAACUUGCUUUCCCCCAUAGAAUUAAGUAUUAAAACGGACUGAAAGGUUUUAUUGACAAAUAGAAUAGUACCUGUAGUCGUUGCACUCUUCUCAUUUCACCUUAGAAGACACAAAAGGAGUUUAUCUUUAGGGUACUUUAAUUGCAUCUGCAUGUUCUGAUUUGCACAGGAUUAUUGGAGUCAUACGUACCUCUGCUUCAUUAACAGAAUAAAAGUACUUGGUACUUUGCUGAAUGAUCACAUUUUGCAGGGUGCAUGCUAUUUGGUAUAGACAAAUAAAUGAAUAACCAUGUAAUCAGAUCCUUAGACCAUCUGGUUGCCACAUACAUUAUGAUAUACAUGUAUGUAAGUUCAUGCAUUUGAAAACAAAUAGAACAUCUUCACUUGUUGAAAAAUUCACUUUUUAUGGUGGGAUAAUAAAGAAGCAGGAAAAUUAUAGUUUUUUAAAGUCAGCAUUGCUCUAAGAUGCUUUCCCAGCAGUUUCAUUCCUGGUCAUGCAGCCACUGUGUUGUGCAGCUCUCACCAGCCACCCUUGGGUGCCACACUCACAGGCAGACUGUAAGUAGGAAGGGUGCUCAUCUUGAAUUCUCUCAAAUUAAGGUAAACAAUAAGAACAGAUCAUUCUGGAAGAACUCAAAACAAGUGAAAGUUGACUUAUAUUCAUAACUUUUGUAUAGUCUUCAUCACUACUGUGACAAAUGUAUCAAAUUUGUGUAAUCAUGCCAAAAAUCUGAAUUACUGUAAAUUUUUUGUACACUGUUAAAAUUGUAAUUGUUAAUUGUAUUUUAAUGAUUCUGAUUUUGGUUUUGUUACUUAUGAUGAGAAUUGAGCUCAUAAAUCCAUGCAUUAUGAACUAUGCCAUUUAAACUUUCUAAUUGAGUAAACUUUUUAAAUAUUUUGUUCAUUUCUGCUGGCUUUUCUCCAAUGAACUUUGAAAUCUUUCUCUAUGCUAUCAAUAAGAAACUACUUGGAAUGUUAGAAAAAUCCAGCAAGAGACUUGCUUUCAUCAAGCACUUGAUCAGACUUUAAGGCAAGCACUGGAGGCACUGGAAAAGGUCCCUGACCAUCAAUCAUCUCACCCAGGAAGAAGCGUGGAAACCCAAAUGCUCUUCACUCAGUGAACCCCAGUGUGGGGCUGGGGGGUUAGAGACACUGUGAAAUCAAGUCUGGUGUUAUAUUUUCUCCUGGUUCGCUGUUUUUGAGAAGGUGUGUGGGCUAUUUGGCUGGUGAGACACGAUCCCCUCCUAAGAACAUGUAGGUGCUCAGACAGGUAACCUCUGCGCUGUUUGUCUGUCUGUUUGUUGGCUUUUAUUUAAAAUUUACUUUUCUUGUGCUAGGAUUUUUUUAAAAAUGUAAUAUAUUGUAGGAUUUAUAACCAGGUUCACUGCUUUCUUUUGUUUCUUAAAAAAGUUUCACUUGAAUAUAAUAUAGGCGCCUUGGAAUGUUUUAGUGAUGGACAGAAGUCUGCUGUUGGAAUCAUCUAGUCUUCCAGAUUAGAUUUGAAAUGUUUUCAUUUUGUUUUGGGGUUUCUGUGGUAUUUUAUUUCCUUUAUCCCAGUGCACUUUGCCGUGCCUUUUGGGGUGGCUGCCUAACUCUAGGGAAUUUUUUUCUAUGUUAACAAAAGUUUGGUUCUUAAAAUUUCCUUAAUGUUUACAUUUUUAAAAUUGUUUUUUAAAGAAGUAUUCUAAUAUUUUGCACUGUUACUGUUCUUUGCCAGCCUUUUCAGGAGCCAAAAUAUACAAAUACAAACAAACAAAAAAUACUCAGAGAAAAUACUUUCCUUCUUCCCCCUUCCUGCUGAUGAGUGAGACGUUUUGGGAGCUUUGGGUCAGUGCCCUUCUAAACUUCCCCUCCCCCAGUAACGCAGCUGCGCAGUGCGUGCUCGGUGCAGUGCUCGGACCGUGCCCAGCCCAGCCUGCUGGCAGCAGAGAGAUAAACUGGUAGGUGGCAGCAGAGAAAGGAAUUCUUCAGACUGAUGGCUGUUGACAUUAAACCUACAUAGGAGAAGAGAUAGCAUGUGACGUACCAAGUGGAGCGAGGGGCAGCAGAGAUGAAAGCUGGACUCGGGAGGCUGCCUCUUUACUGAAUGGUUCUCUCGAAGUAACCAGUGAUGUUCUGGAUGAAGACAGAGCUGCGUCACCUUUUAGAGGGGGAAAAGAAUGCAGAAUAAGAAAGAAUGGUUCUUUAUAUCUUGUUGCAUUC